AACACCGUAACCAGACAGACCCAGAGUCAGUGUGCGCCGCAAAGUUCUGGGGACGAGCAGGGACCGAGCAGAUCAGGGUCCAAGGGUCAGACUGGAUCUACAGCAGAGCCACAUACGGACAAUAUUUUAAUUUACACCUCAGGCGGACGGACAGGAGGACAGAAAGGACUCGGUGUGACUCGGCUUUGUUCGCUUCAGCUCCGGAUAUAUUUUAAAACAUACUUUCAUUUUCACUUUUUUUUUAAACAGCUUUUAUUGUUUCUUCUUCUUCUUCUGUUGUCCACCGUCUGAGUUUCUUGUAAUUCAGACUGAUAAAAAGAAACUCAAACUACCAGCUGACUGACGACACGUUGCGCAACCCAGACAAUAAUAAUAACGAGACAAAGACGUCAUCACCGGACAGUCGGCUCCAGUUCUCCCAGUUGCUACAAGAGCUCCAGGUCCCAGUCGGAGUUUGAACUUUGAAAGGCAAAGCUUUUGUAUGUCUUCAGCAACUUCUGCACCACAGACAGACAGACCAUCUGCUUCUCUCUGACUCUACUGGGUUUCUACUGAGUCUAACUGGUUUCCUGUUGACCUGCAGCCCGAACCAGUCUGCCUGUCUGUCACGAGAGAGAGCACAAGAUGAGCAUGGGCAUGACAGCCGCCAGAUCUCAGCUGUGUCUGAAGAGGUUACUGGAUGAGCCGCAGGACAAUUUACCGAAAUGUAAAGUAGCCCGUCUGGAUCCGCACCCUCCUGCCACCGGCCUAUCACACUGCCUCAGGCCCAAAAGCCCCGCCCCUGAAGCCAACCAGAGCCAGUCUCCAACCAAAGUCGGAUCGUACUUCCUGUUUGAACCCUGCGAGGGGGAGAAGACUUACAGGGCUGUGCACGCACAGACAAAGCAGCAAUACACCUGCCAGGUUCUUCCUCUGCGUGGUUAUCAAGAACGCUUGGCUGCCUACUCCCGCAUCGGUCACCAUGACAACAUCUGUGGCCUGUUGGAUGUGGUGAUUGGCCAGGAGAGCGUUUACGUUUUCCUGCCAGGUCACCAUGGCGACAUGCAUGCAUACGUGAGAAGCAGGAAGCGUCUAGGAGAAGACGAGGCGAGGGAUCUUUUCGCUCAGAUGCUGAACGCCGUGACGCACUGUCAUCUCCAUGGAGUCGUCCUGAGAGAUCUGAAGCUGCGCAGAUUUGUCUUCAUUGACCAAUACAGGACUCGUCUCGCUCUGCUCGGCCUGGACGACUGCGUCCUCCUGCAUGGUAACCAUGAAGACGACUCUCUGACAGACAGACACGGCUGCCCCGCCUACGUCAGCCCUGAGCUGCUGACCAACGGGAACAGAUCUUACUCGGGUCGCGCUGCAGACAUCUGGAGUCUGGGCGUGUCUCUGUACACGAUGCUGAUUGGACGAUACCCAUUUCAGGACACACAGCCUGCUGUGCUUUUCACCAAGAUACGCCGCGGGGCCUUCAGCCUGCCCGAGUGGCUGUCGCCGCAGGCCAAGUGUCUGAUUGGCUGCAUGCUGAGGAAGUUGCCCACAGAGAGACUGACGGCGUCAGAGCUGCUGAUGCACCCGUGGCUGACCAAUCCCUGCACGCCACAUCACAACACACAAAAGACACACACACACAGUUCACAAAAAACACUACAGAAUACACAAGAGGACGAUGAUCAGGUGGUGCCGACGUGGACUGAAAAACACUAAUGCCAUAUUUCCAGUGCAUGGUACAGCACGGAUCAAAUCUAUUUGUCUUCCAUCGGCAAAAGUUGUGCAUAGAACCUGAUCCUUGUGUUGGCAGGUGGAGAUAAAACCCUGCAGACCACUGACUGGUCUGGUCACAGGCCAUCCUGCGAAACCCCGCCAUUUUUAAUAGCCAAGAUACCACCAAUAACAAGCCUGUGGAUAUUCUCAUAACAUAACAUAACAACCGCAGUUUCUUUAGUCCCGGAUUGAAGAUGAUGUCACGGCAGUUUCGGCCAAGAAUCCGCCUACAUUGAAGAGGUACAAUCCACAGUGGAAAAUGAAAUAGAGAAAAGGACCUUAAGUUGAGUCGAGACGAACCAUGCAGUGGAAACGAGGUCCAACACAGCACGUUUGCCCUUCUAUACUUGUGAGGACCCACAAUAUGCAUCCUCUAACCCUAACUUACGAACCCCAAACUUACACCUCAACCUGACUCUUUUACCCUAAAACCAAGUCUGUACCCUCAAGCAGCCUUCAGACAAAAAGUCCUCACAAGCAAUCAGAAAAUCCAAAAGGUCCUCGCAAAGAUAGCAUGACAAGAGCACACACACACACACAUACAUACACACACACUACAGAGACAGUCUGAUCCUGGAUUACUUGACCCGACCCUCAGGUGCCUUCCUGUCGCUGCGUCUCAAUUCAAGCUCCGCCAGAUUACUAUCAGAGUCACCAGCUCCCCCAGUGCAGUACCUGACACAAACCAGAUCAAAUAGUGUGUUCAGGUCCCCUCUCAACACCUGGUGACAUCAUCAUCUCUGAUUUAAGACAUUGACAAAGACUGCCUAAACACGACUGGUUUCAAAAUAGACUUUGACGCAGGCGGAGCCUAAAAUGGCACACAGCUUCUUUCUGUCAGUGUUUACACUUACUGGUUGCUCCCUAGCAUUAAUAAGAGAAGGAUCGGUGAGUGUUAAAGAGUCACAAGACACGUUUCUGAAAAACAGAAAUUACACAACUUUAAAUUCAGCUUUAGCGUGACGUCAAAACAUCAAAGUGUCUCAUUCUUCUCUGAUGAUCCCAGUUUAAUAGAAGCUGAGAGCUGUCACGAUUGCUUAAAAUAUUUUCAGGCCUCUUUUCUCAUGAUCUUAACUUGAUUCAGUAAUUUUCUUUGGAAUUUUGUUUUGUUGGGUCCAUACAAACGGUUAUGCAGAAAAAACGAUUUGCUCAUAUUAUUAGUUAUGUAAUGAGUAGGUUUCUUGAGACAUGACGUAAUACUGGAUGUUGAACAUGUUCACACUGCAAUAAUAAUUAUUACAUGCAAGCUGGUUUAUUCUGGGACACCUCAUAUUGUAAAGGACUGACUGCGUGACAUAAGUGGCUCUGGAUCAACCAUCGUCCCACAAUGACAGCAGAGUUUAAGUUGUGAUCAUGAGAAAACUAUUUCUUAUGUAACAGAAUAAUUAAAUCUGAAUCAUAAUGAGUGAAUAAUGAAGUUGUAAUCUUGAGAUAACUGGACUAAAAUUACUCCCAUCACUCAAGUCUUGUGCUCCCUUUGACCGAUCACGACCUGCAGCCAGCCAAUAGGAUGCCUUCUUCUGAAUGUGUCACUCAGACCUCACUUACAGCUGGAGAAUAAAUAAAGAUGUUUCACAAACUGUUCUGAUCCCGA